GGAAUUCCCAGAACAGCUGGGGCUGCCCCUGGAUCCCUGGCAGUGCCCAAGGCCGGGCUGGACAUGGAACAGUGGAAGUAUCCCUGAUCUGGGGGUGGGACUGGGUGGGAUUUAAGCUCUUUUCCCACCCAAACCAUUCCUGAUUCCACCGGAUUUCCGUUCAGUGUCACUGCAGCCCCAGCUCGGAGCUGGGUCCCUGCUGUGGUGUCCCUGUCCCAGCAGCGGCGCCUCCGAGGCUCCGACACUUCCCAAACAAAGCUGCCUGGAAGGGGAAGGUGAGGCUCUCCCUGAUGUCUCCAGACCAUUGUUUCCACCAUCUUGGCAUUUCCUUAGAAGCAUUUCCAGCAUUUCCUUUGGAAAGGUCACUCAGGAGCUCCUUGUCCGCAGCCCUUCCUAGAAUCCCAGACUAGUUUGGGUGGGAAGGGACCUCAGAUCCCAUCCAAUGCCACCCCCUACCAUGGAUGGGGACAUUUUCCAUAGACCAGGUUGCUCCAAGUCUUUCCAACCUGGAUCCCAUCCCUGAGGUUUGCAGAGGUGAGUUGUUAUCCCCGAUCCUGCUGCGGGAGCUUCCCUGCUCCCAGCUAUCUGUGUGAGAUGCAGCACCUGGAAAUACCUGGAGAGGUAAAAACUCAUCCUAUGGGAAUUCUGGGUUUUUCCCUCCUUCGGGAGGUUGCUGAUCCGUGGAAUUAAGGUUGGUGGUGUUUCAGAUUUGCUCUGCUGAUCCAUUCGUGGUUGUCCUGGUGAUGGGUGGCUUUGACAGUGUUCCUUCUCCAAGUGCUCCUCACAGGGAUGGGCUCAGAGGGAAUUUUUGUCCUCCAGUGCUGGGAAUUCCGGAGAAAACGCAAACAGCGAGGCGGGAGGUGGCUCGGGGGAAUGUUGGUUCACAUUGGUUUGGAAAUCUUCUGGAACAAACUUGGCUUCACAUGCAGCUCCUGUUGAAAUCCGAUUUAAUUUAUGGAGGGAGGAGGAGUAUUGGGUGAGAGGCCAGAAUUUUGGGAAUGCUUUCUGGUGAGAAUCUGGUUAUUGUUUGCUUGGAGAGGAUUAAUAGGAUUCACUUUUUUUCCGAGCCCGAACAGUUUGUACUCGGUUCAAACUAAAUAAUUCCUCAAAAAACCUCACACCCAGAUGGGAACAAACUCCGGGAAUUGUGCUGGAAAAUCCUCCUGUCCUGCACCUGUGUUUGGUCAUUCCCUGUAAGGUUUAUUCCUUGAGCUGUGAUCUCAGUGUGAACCUCUGCUCAUGGAAAAACAUCCAGCUGGAGUCAACUUCCAGGAGCUUGGAAAACAAAACCCCGUGACGGCAUCGGCGUUGGUGAGACGAGAACCUCGGCACCGCAGGAACUCAGCGCGGAGCUUCGGGAACGGCCGGGAAAACUCCUGGAAAACCUCGUGUGUGACUGCAAGAAGAGUCCAGUUCCAGGAGGCAACAGAUGGACAAGGGGGAAAUGAGGAAUUCCCGGCUUUGUGUUGUUCUUGGAAAGUUUCGCACCACUUGUGAAUUCCCUGAACCUUGGCCUUGCCAGCCCCCUUGUGUUGGGCCCUCCUCCUUUUCAGCUUGCCCAAAUUAAGACCCACUUGGCUCUCCAGCACUUGGCUGCCAGCGGCGGGCGGGCACCUCCCCACGCUGGCGUCCGCCAGGCAUUGCUGAAAGACGCAAUGUUUAGCCCCAGAGGAACCUUGCCCCCGAGGCCCAGAGGACCCAACCCGUCGGGCACCAAACCCCCGGGAGCUUUCGGGGCCGGAGGCGCGGCGGGGCCGCCCAGGAAAGCCGCGCCCGCGACGCCCCAAGGAGCGCCCCAGAGAUUCUCGGGGCAGGACGCGCUGCAGUGGACGGGUUCGCAGAGGAUCAACGUCCGCGUCACGCUGCACAGGGCCGAUCCCAGGAAGGUCAAGGAGAAGACCGGCCUGCACCAGGAGCAGAAGGCAGACCCGCGUGCCACUCGCUGGGAUGGCGGCCCCUGCCCCGCCGGCACCGCCGGGCCGAAGCCGCCCGGCCCGGCGCCGGUCUCGGAGCAGAACUCCAACCCCCAGAACCGCUACACGCCCGAAAGCGCCUCCAGCAUUUUAGCGAGCUUCGGGCUGUCCAACGAAGACCUGGAGGAGCUGAGCCGCUACCCCGACGACCAGCUGACGCCCGAGAACAUGCCGCGGAUCCUGCGGGAGAUCCGCAUCCGCAAGAUGGGCCACGCCGCGCCCGGCCUGCACGCUCCGAGCCGGGGGGAGGAGCCGGCGGGCGAGAGCAGCGGCACCGCCGUCAAGAGCAAAGUGAUCGACUACGGCCACGCCAGCAAGUACGGCUACACCGAGGACCCGCUGGAGAUCCGCACCUACGACCCCGAGGCGCUGCCCGAGGAACCGCUGGAAACGCGCGUCUUCAAUCCCGAAAGCUCGGGCGCGGAGAACCGGGAAGAAUUCCAGCGGGAGCAGAGCGUGCCGGUGGCCGUCCCGCCGCCCAACGUGCCGUGCAACCCCGUGUUCCCGGCCGAAGACCUCAUCAAGCUGCCGGCCUUCCCCGCCGACUCCUCGCCCGCUCCGUCGUUUUUCCCGGCCGAGCCGCCGGCCAAGGUGCCGGUGCUGUGCGGCGCCGCGCCCGCCGCGCUGCCGGCGGUGAAGCCGGUGUCGCAGCCGCCCAUGCCGCCGGUGCUGCCGCCCAUUCUGCCGGCGCUGCUGCCCACGCCGCUGCCGCAGCCCAUGCUGCCCCCGGUGAUGCCGCCGCUGGUCCAGCCCGUGUCCCAGCACGUGUUGCCGCCCUUGACGCCGCCGCCCUUCUCGACCGGGCUCCUGGCCGCCAUCAGCCAGCACGAGCAGAAGCAGCGCGACGCCGGCAGCGCCCAUCCCGGGCCCAGCGCCGCCGGCGGGGCCUCGGCGGGACACAAGCCCUUCCACAAACCCUUCCACCCGCCGGCACAGGAGCCCAUCAAAUCCCCGUUCGGGGUGGUGAAGGCGUCCUGGCUGCCCGUGUUCCCGGACCAGAAGAGCAAAUGCCUGCCCACCCCGUCCAUGAUGAACGACUACUAUGCCACGUCGCCGCGAAUAUUCCCACAUUUGUGUUCUCUGUGUAACCUUGAAUGCACUCAUAUGAAGGACUGGAUCCUGCACCAGAACAACCCCGCCCACCUCGAGAGCUGCCGCCGGCUGCGCCAACAAUAUCCCGAGUGGAAUCCUGAGGCUCACUCCUCCAACAGACAUGGCGCAGACCGCAAGGAGAACCGCACCCCCCGCCGCCGCUCGGGCUCUCUCAGCCCCUCCCGCCGCCGCUCCCGGGGCCCGCCCGGCCCGCCCAGCUCCGCCUACCGCCGCCGCUCGCGCUCCCGCAGCCCCGGGCGGCCGCGGCGGCCCCGCUCCCGCAGCCCCGGGCGGCACCUGCCGCGGCCCCGCUCCCGCAGCCCCGGGCGGCACCUGCCGCGGCCCCGCUCCCGCUCCCGCUCGCCGCAGCGGCCGCGGAGCCUGGCGCGGGGCAGCCCCCGGGAGCGGGAGCGGGAGCGGCGCUCGGGCAGCGCGGAGCGCGCCCGCCGGCCCGGCAGCCGCUCCGAAGCCCGGCGAGCGGCUCUGGAGGCCGUGAUGCAGACGCUGGGCCCGGGCUUCCUGGCCGAGUUCCAGCGGCACCGAUCGCUGCAGGCGGCCGUGCAGGGCUCGCUGAGCGCCGGCAGAGCCCCCGGGGAGCCCCGCAAGGGCGCCCGGAGCGGCCGCAGGGACGGAGGGGCCGCGCCCGGCUCCGCCCCCGCAGCGCCCGGGGCAGCGCCCGGCAGCGAGAGGGAGCAGGAGGAGGAGGAGGAGACCGGGAAGAGCCAGCCCUACAACCGGCUGCUGCGGGAGGAGCUGCUGAGCUGUGGCACGGUGCUGCAGAUCUCGGACCUGCCGGAUUCGGGAUUUUCCGACCAGGACAUCAAGAAGUUGGUGCAGCCCUUCGGGAAGGUCAGCGACCUCAUCGUGCUGCGCUCCCGCAACGAGGCCUACCUGGAGAUGAACUACAAGGAGGCCGUGAUCGCCGCCGUCAGGUUCGGGGAGACGGCGCCGCUGCUGCUCAACGGGAAACGCGUCCGAUCAGCGUGGCCGAGAGAGCCCAGGAAAAAAAAAACGGUGAAAAAAACGAGUUCUGAACCCAAAAAAAACUCCAACAAGCACCAAGAAAAUUCCGACCACCAACACCAAGAGCCCCAAAGCCCUGACAGGGAAAAAGGAAAAAGUGAAGAAAACCCUGGGAGAGAAGAAAGUGAAGAAAGCCUCGAAUGUGGGAGGGAAAGCGGCCGGGAAGAUUCCGGAACUCCGGCCGAGGCCGGGCUGGAAAUUCCGGGAUCGGAGCCCUCCGAGCCCUCGGAUCCCAACGAUCCCCAUCCCAAAAUUCCCCAUCCCAACAAUCCCCAUCCCAACCCCUCCCCGGAGCCAGACGGGCCAGGGGAGCCCGGGACAGCCGCAGAGGCAGGGCCAGAGCCUGCGGUGAGCGAGGAACCCACGGAUCCAGGCGGGAAGGAGGGCCCCGAGCCGUGCUGCGUGCUGCUGGUGUCCAACCUGCCGGCCAAGGGCUGCUCCCCGCAGGAGAUCUCCAACCUGGCCAAGCCCUUCGGGGGCCUGCGGGACCUGCUCAUCCUCUCCUCCCACAAAAAGAGCCGCCGAGUCCAUGGUGAAGUUCUACGGCUGCUUCCCGAUGUGCCUGGACGGGAACCAGCUCCGCAUCCGGCACGAGCCGCGGCACCGCUCCCUGCGCGACGAGGUGGGACCGGCACCGGGACCGGGGAAUUCCGGGAACUGCGGGAACGGGGGAAGGAAGCAAUUUUCAUUGCCCUCAUCAAGGAGUCCGAUCCCAAGGCGGGCGCUGCCUCCCUGCGCUCUCACCUGGUGCACCUGGGCAACCUCCCGGCCGAGGGCUUCCGCGAGCUGGAGCUGGUGUGCGCGGGGCUGCGCUUCGGCAAGGUGGAGCACUACGCCGUGCUCAGCAACCGCCGCCGGGCCAUCCUGCAGCUGGACAGCCCCAAAUCGGCGCGCUCCAUGCACAGCUUCCUGCAGCAGUAUCCUUAUUCCAUCGGAGAGCACACGCUCACCUGCUCCUUGUCCUCCCACGGAGACCUUCCUGAGGCUGAAUCUGGGAAAAAGGAAUUGAAGACAGAGGACGGGAGCAAAGGAAGCUCUGGCUUGAAAAAAAUUCCAGAAGGAUCAGGAACGGUGCAAAAACCAGCAGGGAAUCCAUCGGGAGAGGCCAGGAAAGGCCAAAUUCCCACCCCAAAAGCCCUGGAGGAGAUUCCAGCGGGACAGCUGGAGAUUCCCGAGUCACAGCCAGGAGGAGCAGCGAGGGAAUCGCCUGCAGGGAUGGAUGUGGAGGGAUUGGAUCCUGGAAUUGGAAUUCCCGUGGAUCCUGCUGGCAGCAAAUCGCCCGGAGCGAGGUCGGAGGAGAAACCGGCGCCGCUUUCCGGAGCGGGGACGGACAAAGCUCAGGAUGAGCCGGGGCUGGAAAUCCAAAAGGAGGAUGAGGAACCCUCUGCUCCUGCCAUGGAAUCAUCCAGCAAGGCCGUCCCAGCAGCUGGAGGAAUGCCAGGAGCCAUCCCUGGAAUGUCCCCAAGCUCGGAGGAGGCUCCUACGGUGUCACCCAGUGUCACCCAGCCCAGCACGGAGCCAGCUGCUCCGGAAGAAACUCCUGUUCCCGAGGCUGGGAAAAGCAGCCAUGAAACGUCCACGGAGAGGAAAACUGUCCCAAAAACUCUGGAUGCUCCAGGGAAAAAAUUGGAUGUGGCUGGAGCAGAGAGAGAGGCGACAGCGGAGGAAUCCGUGCUCAAAAUCGCGGAAAAUCCGGGAAAGACUGGGGGCAAGGCUGAGACAGAGCCGGAGAAAACACCUGGAAAAACAUUAUCCAAGGGUGGGGAAAACUCUGGGAAUGCUGUUGGUGAGGUGCACGGGGGAAGUUCUGUUAAAAUCCCACAAAAUAAAGGGAUGGGAGCUGCAAAAUCCGAAGAAAACCGUGCGGCAGCUCCGGUAAAUCCCACUGCAUCCCUGAAGGAAUCUUGCGUUGGGAAAACCCUUUUGAAGGCAGUGGUGUCCGUCCCGGACAUCCUGAAGCAGAGAAUUCCCAUCAGGAUCACCGAGCCUUCCCUGGGAAGAGCUGGGGAGCAGAAAAUCCCCCCCAAAGCGGGGCUGGAGAAGAAAAUCCCACCCAAAACGGCGGCUCAGCCGGGAGCUGGGAACAGCCAAUGGAAAGGGAACGGAAAUUCCGGAGUGGAGGCACAGGGAGACGACGGGAAGAGCUCAUCCCAGCAGGAAAGGGAUUCCCAGCUGGAACCUCAGGUGAGUUCAAAGCAGAGCCAGCAGGGAGAGAGCAGAACAUCUGGCACGAGGGAAGAUCCCCGUGGGAAUCAGGCUCCUGGUGGGGGCAGUGCUGCAGCUUGGAAAGGCGGCACCGGCAGUGCUGGAAAACAGAAGGAGGAGGAAGAGCUCUUCCCGUUUAACCUGGACGAGUUUGUCACGGUGGACGAGGUGCUGGAGGAAGCCGAGUCUCCGGUGAUGCCGCGGCGGAACCCCCCGAGGGGGAAGAGAAAAGAAGCUCCCAAAGCCAACCCUUCGGAGCCGGCGUCCAAGAAGAGGAAAGGGAAGAGUUGCGGAGCCGAAGGUGAGCUGUCCUUUGUCACCUUGGAUGAGAUCGGGGAGGAGGAGGACGCCCCGGUGCCGCUGCCGGGCGUCGACCCCCAGGGCCUGGUGGUGGUGGAUGAGGUGGUGGAAGAGGAGGAGCUGUCGGAAGCGGUGAAGGAUCCGCAGGCGCUGCUGACGCUGGAUGAGAUCUCGGAGCAGGAGGAGCCGGGCUCCCACGGGAACGGGCCCCGGGCGGAAUUUGAGGAGCGGGAUCUGAAGGCCGAGCCCUUGGUGACGGUGGAUGAGAUUGGGGAGGUGGAGGAGCUGCCCCUCAACGAGCCCGCAGAGCUGAGCGCCGCCGAGGAGGGAAAAACCAAUCCCGGGGAUUGCGCGGCCUCCCAGGUGCCCGACGAUCCCAACGCCUUGGUGACCGUGGAUGAGAUCCAGGAGGACAACGAGGACAAUCCUCUGGUGACUCUGGAUGAGGUUAACGAGGAUGAGGAUGAUUUCCUGGCCGACUUCAAUCACCUCAAAGAGGAACUAAACUUUGUUACAGUCGACGAAGUCGGCGAUGAGGAAGAAGAAAGCACUUUCCCAGGGAAGAGCCUGCCCGAGGAUGAAGAUGACGAAGAUAUUGUUGCUGUUGCAGGACCAGAAGAAAUGGGAAUUCUAGGAGAUACAAAUCCAGAGGAUGAAAUGGCUGAAAUCUCCAAGCCAAAAGCAGCUCAGCUGGGAUCAGAAGAUGCAGAACCAAAGUCUCAGCAGAAGAAAACGACUUUUCCAGGUGUCCCCAAGACGCAGAGCACUCCCAAAGCUCUGGACAUCCUGGUCCCAAAGGCCGGAUUCUUCUGCCAGAUCUGCUCCCUCUUCUACGCCGACGAGCCCUCCAUGAUCAACCACUGCAGGACCCCCCUGCACAGGCAGAACAUGGAGAAAUUCAUGGCCAAGCAGCAGGAAAGCGGCGGGGAGGAGCCGAGCUCCAGGUGAUGGAGCUUCCCAGGAGUGACACUUCGGGGCCAGUCAGUUCUGUGUGUUUGGAUUUCCUUUGUCAUUUGGGGUCGGGAAGGAGCAUCCAUGGUGUAAAAAAUCGGAGCUGGGAACAGACCAAACCCAAAGCAGGAGAGGGUUGGAUUUGUGUCUCCGAUCAUCCGACGUGGGAGAGACUGUUCCAGGUGUCUCCAGGAAAUAAAUGUUCUCACUGUAUAGUUACCCCGGGGUAACUACAGGAAAUAAAUGUUCUUACUGUAUAGUUA